UAUUUGACCACGUGACCUUAAGGGCUGGUUCUCUCGUUGUAGCAGCCAUCAUAUCACCCUAAUACAAGUCCUGAUUAAAAAAGAAAAAAAAGCAAGCAGAGGCGCUGAGGAGCAGGGCGGGCAGCCAUGGGUUUGCACGGGAAUACAAUUUAAAAUGCGCCUCUGAAAACGCUGCUAGAUUUGUUUCGUUUUCGUGUGUAGGCCACAUCAGCUGCAGGUGGGGAAAUUGGUGCCUUUUUUGCCCUGUUUUUGUGGCACCUCUUGAUCCAGAACCAUCACGACUCUUGAGGUCUGUGGUGGGGCCGAGGUAAAGGAGCGGAACCCCGGCCAUCUUUGCUGCUUGCCACUCCUUGCUGGGUUUUGAGGCGGGAAGGAGACUCCAGGCACCAACUGAACCACCCAGAGCAUGGGGCAAAAGGUUCCAGGGGGCAUCAAGACCGUGGACAUGCGGGAUCCCACGAGCCGGCCGCUGAAGCUGCAGCUGCAGGCCCUGGACUACAGCAAACCACCACGGUUGGACAUGCUACUGGACAUGCCGCCUGCCUCCAGCACAGUGCAGAUGCAGCACUCGUGGAACAAUGACGACCGCUCGCUUAACAUCUUCGUCAAAGAGGACAACAAGCUCAUUUUCCAUCGGCACCCGGUGGCGCAGAGUACGGACGCCAUACGCGGUCGCGUCGGCUACACACGUGGCCUUCACGUCUGGGAGAUCUCCUGGGCCCUGCGUCAGCGCGGCACUCACGCUGUAGUGGGCGUGGCCAGCGGGGAGGCCCCUCUGCACUCGGUAGGAUACACAGCACUGGUCGGGAACAACAACGAGUCCUGGGGCUGGGACCUGGGCCGAAACAAAUUAUACCAUGAUGGCAAAAAUCAGCCCAGCAAGACCUACCCAGCCUUCCUGGAGCCGGACGAGACCUUUGUUGUCCCAGAUUCAUUUCUGGUGGUGUUGGACAUGGAUGAGGGCACUUUAAGUUUCAUCGUAGAUGGACAGUAUUUGGGAGUGGCUUUUCAAGGACUGAAGGGCAGGAAAUUGUACCCUGUUGUAAGUGCAGUUUGGGGACACUGUGAAAUCAGAAUCCGGUACAUCAAUGGACUUGAUCCUGAGCCCCUGCCUCUCAUGGACCUGUGCAGACGUUCAGUGAGAUUAGCAUUGGGCCGGGACCGACUGACCGAAAUACAUGGACUUCCUUUACCCGCCUCUCUCAAGAACUACCUACUCUAUCAAUGAUAAUAGGAGUGCCUUUACUUAUUGUAAGGCAGAGUGGCAAUUCUCUCUGGGAUGCGUUUAUUAUUAUUAUUAUUAUUAUUAUUAUUAUUAUUAUUAUUUUAUUUUUUUUUCCUGACAGACUCGCUUUCUUAACUGCUUUUCUCCUCACUUUGGAUUUUGGUACUUUGGGACUUUUUUUUGUUUUUACACCAAGGACGCCUCGGUCUCACAUUUGAAGUGUUUAUGGUCAUGUUUUGCGUCCACUUCUUAAAACCCUUGUGUCUGUGGCUUGCUUCAGUCAUGUCAUGUCAUGUCAUGUCAUGUCAUGUCAUGUCGUGUCGUGUCGUAUACUGAAUACACAAUGGGAGACUCACUGAACCCUGUGACACGAGCUGUCCCAGAAAAGAACAACGUGACGGUGAAGUGCAACGAGUUUGAAACCUCAGAUGUUUGCCAUAAUGGUUGCCUCUUUUUGUAGGUUUUUAAAAAAAAAUAAAUUAGAUGUACAUGGAGAUGUGUGACUGGUUUAGCUUUUUGAAUGGUGGAUAUAGAAUUGUAAUUGGUCUACUUGGGCAUCAGGUGAUGUACCUGCAAACCUUUAUGAAUUUGAAUUUAUGAAUUUAGAGCUGUUUUUAAAGUUUUUAAUCUCCUAUUCAUUUCUGUCCCUCAGAAUUGGCAGGAGAGAUGCGGCUGAAUGCAAAGUUCAAGACAGAGGGCUUUUUUUUUUUUUUUUUUAAAGCAAGAUGCAAAUAUAAGUUGAUUCAUUGUAGCAGACUGAGUGCGUGGCAAUGGCUUUCCCCCUUUCCUCUUGGUGGGUUAAAUAUAGCUUGGUGUUAGCUCUAGCAGCCCUAGCUGUCUGGCUUGGGGAAACGGGCUUUGACCUCCUGUGUGUGUAUAUAAUGGAGGUUGAAAGGCUAGCACUUGCACGACAUUACACAGCUAGCAUGUUCUAAUUGCCUGACUCGUUGCUCCUACAGCCAACAUGUCCUUUCCGCAGUUAACACUGUAAUAUCUGAAGUGCCUGCCCAUGUGCAUUUAGAGAAAGAGCCAUGAUUUUACAUAAAAAGAAGGAUGGCAUCACUGUGAAACUCUGCAACAUUCACAAACAAUAGUAAAAGCAGCAGGCUUUUUGGCGGUUGCCCCCCCCCCCCCCCCCCCCCUUUUCUUUUAAUAAUUGCCCCCCUGUCAGUUUCUCUGUAGUUGCAUCCAACCUUUAAUUUUGCCAUAUUUGUGAGAAAUGUUGUUUUUAAUCUGAGUCCGCGUUGAGAAGAAGGGUUAAUGGUCCGGAAGUGAGUUAAAGUGCAUAUGUUGUGACACUACUGUAACGUGCCUUGCCCAUGAGCUAACCAUUGACUCCCCUAUUGUUGAUGGGGGGGAAAUUGAUAUACUGAAGCGGAAACGUUCAAGUUUCUUUGCCCAGCCCAUUCUCAGUUUACUGCGUAAUCUCGUUUUUAGAUGUGCAAAUGUAGUUUCCUGUCUGGCAUCCAGCUUGCUGGGUGAUGCUCAACUUUCUGUUCUUGUGUCCUUCCUGCCUGCAGACCACCACCCUCUUUAAGUGUUGUAGAUAAUGUUGAUGACUGUCUAAUAAAGUUUAUUAUGAAUGA